GAGUCGAUUCAUGACGAUAAGUAUGAAAAUAUCGGUCCGGCUCUUUUUGAACCCAUUGGUGCCGAAUCGCCAAUUGUAAAAGACACUGAGCUACAUCUACCAUUGGAAGAAACUCGGACUAACUACAUGGAAGAGUUGUACCUGCAAAGCGAGAAGAAGAGGCGUAGGAUUGAGAGUAGAGUAGCUGAGGAGGAAAAGACCGUUGAAGACCGCCGUUGGUUCAAGCGCGCUCAGAACGUGUUAAACGCUAUCAUAACAGCACUCCGUUCAACGAAUGAAAUGCAGAUUACGCUGAACGACCUUUUGAGGAUUGGUUCUACUCGAAAGGCGGCAGCUCAGAAGUUCUACAUACUUUUGGUAUUGAAGAAGUUACAAGCAAUAAACUUGGUCCAGCAGGAACCUUAUAAGGACAUCUUCAUCUCGAAAGAGCCUAAUAUUGCUCAGAUUAUGGUCAAAUAA